GCAAAUAUUUUUCACUCUCUGAAUUUGCAGCUAUAGUAGACUCGGUAAAAUCUUUAAGCCUAGAAAUAUAAACUAUUCUUUUUGUAGGUAUUUUUACUGUUCUGUAAUUUUAAAUUUUUUAAAUUUAAAUUAAACAUUAUAAAAUUCUUUAAAGAGUUGAUUUUAGAGCAACUUUUCCAUCUAAAAGGUAUUAUCGUUUUCUAUGGAUGCAUAUGGUAGGACACUCCAAAUCAGUUCAUGCUUGUGUUCAAGGCAAAAAACUACAUUUAUAUCCAAUUGCUGUUCUUUUUCAUCGGCCUUUUAUUGGCGAAUGACUUUGUGUGGUCUACAAAUACUCAAAAGAGGCUACAAUGGUUAAUGAGCCAAAAACUUUUGCGUGACAGAGACAAUUUCUUUUGUUUUGUAUGGUGGAAACUAUGCGAGGAAAAUGGUAAUAAUGAUAACGAAGAUUUAUCGAAUAAUAAUAAAAUUCUAUGGGAAAGUUGGUUGCAAAUUUUUAAACCAAAGAGGAUUCUGGAUUAUAACACGCUAUCGGAAACAACAGCUAAAAAUGGAAGAAUCACAUCGCCAUACUUUCUCAGUGCCAAUGAUGGCUGGAUGUAUAAACAAAAAUAUGUAUCAAAAAACAAAUUUUCUAAAAGAACUAUUUUACAUAAUAGGGUUCGAGAUAGGAGGCAAACAAACAAAACUUUUAAAAACUUGCAGAGUGGUAAAUUUUCCAACAAAUGUCUGAACGAGAAAUAUAAAAUAAUAGCUAGGGAAUGCUUUGAAAAGAUUUCAACUUUACCAUCAAUCUUAUCAAAUGGAAUUGAUAACAUUGAAUCAUCUGGAGAAAAGAAAACGAUACUGAAAUGUAUAAGAAAUUAUAUGUGUAAUAAGAAAGUGACAAACUUUGCAUACAAUUGUCUUAAAACUAUUUUUGAUAGAAAAACUUUAAAUUACUCACAACUAAUAGAACAAAAUGACGAGCUUAAAAUUCCAUCUUUUAUUUUCAAUUUGAGUAGCUUUGAGAAUGCAAUUUUAAAAUUAAGAUUUAAUCCAAAUCCUGUAUUCCAUCCAUUUUCUUUCCAUAAAUAUUUUGCAAAUAAUUUACUUUCACACAAAACUGUUCCUAAAUUUCGUGGACGACGUCUUCUCGGAUUUCCUUCAAAUGAUUUUCUAGACACAUAUGGAAAUAAUCAAUUCAGCACACAAGAUGGUAUGGCAUCCUUUCGAAAUGAUAUUUUCAAUAAAUGGAUUCAAAAUAAUAAAAACGCUAGUAUUACCAAUGAAACUAACUUUAAUUUUCAAUCACAUUUAGAAUCGAAGAAAUACGAGGUUGAUACAAAUGCUCCAGUCUUGUCUCACACAGAUGCAGAUAUAACAUCUUUUUUGAAACCAAGUAUUACUUUAAGCAAAUCUCAAUUUUUUCAAAUGUACAAACCUGAGAAUUUAGAUGCAUCAAACAGCGGCAGCAGAUAUUUACAAAAAAGUGUUGGCUAUACGAGCGAAUUGUUUCUGCAUUUUAACGAUUUCACAGCAAAUUUUAAAGAUAAAAUUAAACCUACUCCAGUUCAAAGAAUAUAUCAAAAGAGCAAUAACUAUUCAUUUCGUAAUAGCAAAAAAUUAUUUCAAUACAGUAAUAGUAUCAAACACGCCUUAAAUCUUAAAGAUGAGAUUUCUGUUAUUCAGAGCUUGGAUAAAUUUCCUUCAUUGAGUCAUUUAACCAGUGACAUAACACAGAUGACUCAAUUACCCUAUGAUAAUGACUCUUUCGAAACCACUUCCUUAAAAACAGCAUCUCAUCAGAUUGUUCAAAGUUCCAUUGCAUUGCUGAUUGGCUCACAAAAUUCACAAAAUGAAGCUAAAAUUGCACCCGAUAAUUUUGACUACUCAAUGCAAUCUGGUGAUCGGCUGGUUUCCGUGAUUAAUUUAACCAGUGGCGUAAGCCAGAUGACUCAGUUAACGAAUGAUAAUGAUUCUUUCGAAACCACUGCCUUAAAAACAGCAUCUCAUCAGAUUGUUCAAAGUUCCAUUGCAUCACUGAUUGACUCACAAAAUGAAGCUAAAAUUGUAUCUGAUACUUUUGACUACUCAAUGCAAUCUGAUGAUUGGCUGGUUUCCGAGAUUAAUUUAACCAGUGGCGUAAACCAGAUGACUCAGUUAACGAAUGAGAAUGAUUCUUUCGUAACCACUUCCUUAAAAACAGCAUCUCAUCAGAUUGUUCAAAGUUCCAUUGCAUCACUGAUUGGCUCACAAAAUUCCCAAAAUGAAGCUAAAAUUGCAUCUGAUACUUUUGAUUACUCAAUGCAAUCUGGUGAUUGGCUGGUUUCCGAGAUUAAUUUAACUAGUGGCGUAAACCAGAUGACUCAGUUAACGAAUGAUAAUGAUUCUUUCGAAACCACUUCCUUAAAAACAGCAUCUCAUCAGAUUGUUCAAAGUUCCAUUGCAUCACUGAUUGGCUCACAAAAUGCGGUUAAAAUAGAAUCUGGUAUUUUUGACUACUCAGUGCUAUCUGGUGACCGACAGGUAUCCAUGAUUAAUUUAACCAGUGAAAUGAACCAUAUGAUUCAAUUAACCAAUGACAUUGACUCUUCUCAAACCACUUUUGUAGAAACAGCAUCUCAUCAGUUUGUUCAACGUUCCAUUACAUCACAUAUUGGUUUACAACAUUCACAAAAUGAAGCUAAAAUUGCAUCGUAUAAUUUUGACUACUCAAUGCAAUCUGGUGACCGUCUGGUUUCCGUGAUUAAUUUAAUCAGUGGCGUAAAUCAGAUGACUCAGUUAAUGAAUGAUAAUGACUCUUUUGAAACUACUUCUGUACAAACAACAUCUCAUUACAAUAUCGCUCAACAUUUAAUUCCUACUGUAUCACAGACUGAUUUACAACAUUCACAUAAUGUUGCCGAAAUUGAAUCUGAUAUUUUUGACAAAGAUUACAAGUCAACUAUUCAACCUUAUCAGACAAUGAAGCACAAAUGGAAAUCACAUUUGAUAAGUUCUUCAAUACCUUUAGUCUACAAAGACUUAUCCAUAUCGCAUAGGAACUACAGUGAAAAACUUAAUAGCACUCCAACUGUAAAACUCAAUAGCUUUACUUCCUCAACAUUGAAAUCUAGUUUUACUUUAAAAGUGAAUUUAACCCAGUCUAGUGAUUUAAAAUAUCGGGUAAUUCUGACUACUGCACACUCGCUUGUAGUACCUGGUACAGUUUUGUAUGAAUCGAGGAAAGACAAAAUACAUGAAAUAUAUUCUGAACCAUACUCUGUUCCUGACGAAAAUUAUUAUUUUGCAACAUCGUUUGAUAUUGUAGGUUCUGUUGAAACCUACCGAGCAAAUGACGAGACAAAUGACUCACGUUUAAAAACAAUGAAUUCUGUUUUGUUGCAUGAAACUAGAUCGACACAAACUGAUUGGUUAUUGAAUAAAAAGACAACUGAUUUUAAUUUAAACUCUGUUAUUAAUGCAGUGGGUCAAGGAAAAGGAAUUUUAAAACUGUCAAAAACUCUUACACAAAAUACGUUUUCGAGUGAAGAAAACCACCAUUCAAACAUAGUGAACCUCUCUGAAUAUAUUUCUGGAAACGAAAAUCAGAAUCAGAGUGUCAAACUUUAUUCUGAUAAGUAUCCUGAUAUGAACUUUUCAAGAGUCAGAAAUGAUUUCAAUGGAACAAACCAAGAUAAUUUCAAUUUAAAUGAACAUAAUUCCAACUCAACAAACGGGUUCCUAAUUAGUACUGGAUCAGUGUCUUCUGAUAAAUUUAUGUCUUCUGAAACUGAUUUUCUCAAAGUAUUAAGUAUUUUUAAAAAUAACCAUACAGAGUCAGUAAAGGGAAAUUUACCACACGGAAGCAAGUUCAACGAAGAAAGAAUAUCCCCAGUUCCUAUCUCUCAAAUUGAUCCAAUGUCAACUGCAGUUUAUAUAACUCGGACUGAAUCAGCGUUAGAUGUAUUUUCAACUGAUGCAUUGAAAGUUAAUUUUGAUGAAAAUAAUAAUCUGAUAUUGAGUGAAAAUCCAAGUUCAAAUAUCGACGUGUACCUUAAAAGUAGUUUGAAUUUCAAACAAAACAAUGGUGUGGAAAAUAACUUUUAUGCAACGGAAGGGUUAAACCAAAUGCUUCGAACUUUUACUACUGUUCCAACAGAAUUAAAUACACAAAUUUUUCCAACUCAGCAUCUUGAGCUCUCCAGAAGUCCAUAUGCAGUCUACCAAGGAAAAACAAUGGGUGCUUUUUUGAAAGAAACGAAAAGUUUGAGCAAACUAAAGAAAAUGGAGAUAACCGAAAAUGUUGAAGAAAGUACUAGUUUUCAGGACAUACAACAGGUCUCACUCCAAACUCAACUGACUGAAAUAAAUCACGACAACAAAAGACAUAAGCCGAGUAGCACGUAUGUGAAGGAAAUAUUAAAGCAAAUAAGUAGAAGCAACCAUGUUACAAAUGUACUUAAAAGCAUUGAGGCAUCUGGAGGCAUUGAUUUUGGAAUGGAUACUGGCAUGAAAAUAAAAAGUAGCACCAAUAAGGAUAUCAUUCUCAAUUUAAGUACUUUCGAUAAUUAUGAAAAACUCAGCAACGAUCCUAAUACAGAACAUUUUUCCAGUGUUUAUGUAACAACUACUGAAGAAGUUCAGAAAAAUUCUCUGAAAACUCAAGAUGAAAAAAGAACUUCGACUCCAUAUAACAAUAAUGUAGCUUUUACAGAAUAUAACUUAGCUCUAAAAACGAAUUCUGCAGCCGAAGGAAAUAUUGUAAGAAGUCGAAAUGAUGUAGACGACAAAGUGAUAGGAAAUAUUAACUCAAAUAAUAAAGCAAAUAAUAAUUUAGAUAAUUCAGCGAAAAGCUUAUUUCAAAAAAAGAACGAAAGUUUAGAAUCGAAAUUGAUCUCUGACGAAAACAACUAUGUAAUAAAAAGAAACGAUGAUUCUGAUAGUACCACAGAAUUAGAAUUGUUGGAAAUUACUGAAAAAGAGAAUGAGAAUACGAGUCUUAGCAAGAAUGGAAUAUUUUUGACUCCGGAUUCCGAAGAAAAUGCUCUCAUACGAACAGAAAGAGAAAUUCUAUCCCCCGAAGAAGAAUUUUUCAUGAAAUCUAGUUCUGGAAAGGAGAAAAUUGAAAACGCUAGAACACCUCUUCAAAACUCGCAAGAAGAUUUGAAAAAUUUAACUAAAGCUUCUACUAACACGAAAUUACCAUCUAUUAAUAUUGAAAAUAUUAACGACACUAAUUCAUAUUUUAAUGCUACUGAUAAUUCGGAAAGUACAGGUAUUACACAUCCUCCAUUUGAAGAGAAUUUUGAUUCAAAAAAUAAAACUUUAUUGUCAAUAAAAGAAAAUUCCAAAUCUAGUAAUGAUGAAGACUUAAAUGAAAAAUUUCCAUUCUUUGAUAUUUCAAUAAACGAUGAUCGUGACAGAGAUUUAGAAAAGUAUUUAACUUCAAAUCUAAAUGUUUCUGUAAUUUUACAGCCUGGCAGUCUAACGAAACAGAUUGAUGGAGAAUGGAAAAAUAUGAGCUAUAAAGAAGGUAAAUCGAAUGUCCUCCCAUCAGAAACAACUGUACAAGUCAAGAAUUUAUCAAGAAUACCUGUGUCAUCAACAGAUAUACUUAUAGAGGCUGAAAAAGGAACGCAGUCUUCAAGUGAAGAAAAUUUAACAGACUUCUUUUCUGACAUUUACAAACAAGUUACCAAGUCAAAAAAUUCAAAUGUUCAAAUCAAACCAAAAAACUUUACUAUCACGAAACUGAAUCGAGCUGAAUUUGAUUCAAACAUACCCUCAUCUACUUAUAUUUCUAACAACAGUAACGUAGAUCCAAAUUUUGACCAAAUUAAUGAAAUUGGAACAAAUCCAAAUAUUGCAAGUAAAUUUGAGAAAAAUAAUUCAGAUGUGAAUUCACACAAUAAUGGGGGUUAUCAUAGCAAAGCUGUUUCUUUUACAACAGUAGACUUUGCCGAACAAUACAAUUCAUUUGAAAAAGAAACUGAAGCCAUUACUUAUGGAAGUAUGUAUGAAUCAUUAACUAAUAGUGACUUUGAAAUAAAACAAAACAAAAUAUUUCAUGAUGCAAAUUCUGAAACAGAAUCAUCAGAGAAGUUGUCCUUAGAUAUCGAUGAUAAUAUUGCGACUCCUGAAUUGAUCAAGCCCACUCAAAUUCCAUCAUUUUUUCAGCCAUCAGGUUUUGAACUUACUGAUAAGUCUUCUUUAAAAUCAGUUCUAAUUAAUGAAAAUAAUUCAGUCUUAAAAUUCGUAAAUACCAAGUUUCUUACUACAACCGAGUUGGCAACAACCGAAGUUUCUGAUUCGUUUGGACAAGGAGCUAAUGACUUUUCUGGCUUAGAUGAGAUAUUAAACGACAAUGAUUUUAAAAUUAAACCUAUUAGAACAUCCCAUUAUGAAAGUUAUAAUACGAAGUCAUUAGUAAAUACAUUAUUUGAUGGCAAUGAUGAUAUUGUUAACCUUGGAUUGGUUGAGCCCAUCCUAUUUUUAACAUCUACCCAGAGAUUAAGUUCUAGUUUUGUUGAUAAAUUCCUUCCAACUCCAAUUGAGGGAACGAAGACAAAUGACAAAGAAAGUUUUGGCAUAAAAUCAUUAUUCACCAAAUUAAUCACUCCAUCUCAAAGAACUGUUGACACUAGUGAUGCAUCAGCAAAUUUAAUUCCAAUCACUGAUUUACUUAUACGUAAUGAAAGAGAAACGGAAUCAUCAAAUGAAGAAGUAUUAACUGAAAACUUUUUUAAUUUCGAUGGUAGGCCUGUUAAUAAAAUAGCUAGUUCGAGAGAUUUGGAUAAGCAGCUAGAAAGCGAAAAUAACCUUGUUAAUAAUGAUUUAUCGAAAUUCAGUCAAACUUUGCUUCUUUCAAGCUUGCUUUUUCCUUCUUCAAAAAAUCUGAAUUCCAACAUAAGUUUGGGAAAUAAAAUAAACCUUAGUGAUAUCGAGAUCAAAGCAAAUGCUUCUACAAAGCUGGGAAGUGAGGGUUUGGAGAUAAAUUUUACUAUUAAUGGGAACAUUCAUAUUGAUGGUAAUAAGCAAACACUGCUUACAACACCAAAGAGCUCUUCAAAAUCUGAUAAUGCACAAGGAAGUGUAAAUGAGAUAAUCACUAAUACAAAUGCAGAUAAAAAUACACCGAGUAAUGAUUUUUCACCUGGAAGGAACGAAAUUGAUGAAACGAAGUAUAAAAAAGAAUUAUCGGAGAACCCGUUAAUGGAUGUUGAUGAUGAAAAUUUAAUUCCUGAUGACUUUCGUACUGGUCAAAAUGAUAAAACCUCGUAUACGACGUCAAUAAGCUUCAUUGAACAUGAUUUUACACUGGGAAGGAGAGACGAGAUUUCCACUGAAGAAAUUACAAAUUAUAAAAUACCCGAAAAAAACGCCACAUCUGGAGAGAACAAGAAUGAACGCAAUGAAGUGCAUCAUGAGGGAUCACACGGUAAUCAGGCAAAGAUAGAAGUUGACAAUGAAAGUUUAGAUACUGAGUUGGUUAACUUCGAUGAUGCUAUUAAUGAGAAAGAUCCAAUGUUGUUGACUACUCCAAAGAGUUAUAUUGAAUCUGAUGAUACACUGGAAAGAGGAGACACGGUUGACACUGAUGAAAUAGUGAAGGAUGUAUUAUCUGAUAAUGACUUCCCUCUUGAAAAGUACAACAGUACACGUGAGGAAAAGAAUAAAAGAGAAUCUCAAAUAAACCCAAUAAUAAAUCUAAAUGAUAAGAGUUUAAGCAUUGAAUCGGUUAAGUCUGAUGACAUCAAUAUUGAUCAGAAUAAUCAAAUCUUGUCAACAACAUCAAGCAGUUUCAUUGUAUCUGAUGAUGCUUUGAAAAAUAGAGAUAUGAACACCGCUGGAAAAAUAUUAAAUGAAGUAAUUCCCAGCAAUGAUUUCUCUUCUAGAAGAGAAAAAACUGCACUUGAUUCAAAGGAAGAAGUGACGUCAUCAAAAAAUCCAUUAUUUAACGUUGAUAACCAAAGUAUUAGUUUUUUAUUUGUUAAACCCACGGCAGUUAAUAUUUUCCCUGAAAAAAUAAGUUCCACAACUGUCAAUUCAUUGCUUCUAUCGAAAGCUAUAAAGAAAGUUAAAAACAUUGAUGAAACUUAUACCUUGGUACCGGUAUUUACUAAACACUUAAUUACAUCUCAGACAACCACAGAAAUUGAUGACUUAUCAAGAAAUUUGAUUUCAUCUGAUGAUGCAACAAAAAAUUCGAUUGCAUUUGAGGGUGGAUCAAGAAAUUCUAUUUUAACUGAUGAUGUGCUUAUACGUGCAGAAAGAGAAACACAAUCAUCGAACGAAGAAAUUUUAACUGAGCCGAUUUCAAAUGUCGAUGACAUAUUUGAUGUGCCCGAUUUAGGAAAUCCAGAAGUUCAACCCAAGGAGGAAAAUUUAUUGACUACAAAUAGCAUUUCAAAAAUCCCUCUACCUGACUCCGGUUUAAACUUACCUCUUCCUGUAAAUACCUCUAAUGUUAGUAGUUUUGGUCAUGAAUUUAAUAUUAAUGGAAUGGGAAUUAGUGUAAAUGCAUCUACUAAAAUGGGCAGUGGUAAUUUAGAUGUGAAUUUCAAUAUCGAUGAUGUUUCUAAUAAAGAUGACAUCCCUGAAAAGUAUGUUACUACGCCGAAGCUUUCUGUUGAAAUUGAUAGCAUUUUGGGAGAUGGAGGAGUUUUUACCACUGAUAAAAAUAAGGUGGAAACAUUGCCAGACAGUAACAUUCAAUCAAAAGGGAAUAAACUCCCUCGUGAUUUGAAAGAUGAACAGGAUUCAUUAGAAAUUACAACAGGGAAUAAAGGAGAGGAAAUUUUAAAUCCUAAUUUAAUCCAGCCCACACCAGUUUUCAACUUCGACAUAAGUUCCGUAGACCUUAGCCAAUUUUUUCCGCAUUUGCCAAUAAAAACAAGCACGAUUAACUUAGAAACCUCUCCAAGGAAAUCAGUAUAUACCGAAAGUGUUGAAGAUGAAGAAGUUUAUUCUGAUAGCACACCUGAAGUUAUCAGUAAAGAUAUAACAAAUGAAAAUAAAAUUUCAACUCAGAAAGACAUUGUAACUUUUAGUGAGCCAUCUUCUCUUUCUGAUGAUGUUGACAGAGAUGAUGUUGAUGAUAGUAUUAGAACGUCUACUACAUCCACAAGUACAGUUGUAAGUACAGAGAGCAGUAUUAUACCUUUUCAUUUCACAAUUGAUGCGGAUUAUAAAGAGGUGGUUGGUACAAGGAAAAAAGACUUCGAAGAAAGUCUGACAAAACAGCUUGGUGUCGCCAUGAGAGUCCCAAUUGAGUGUGUUCAAAAUCUAACAGUGACUAAAGGUAGUAUUCAAGUGGACUUUAAUCUUGUUCCCAGUCCCGAUCACGGACAUAUGAGUGAUGAAAAAGCUAUGAAAGCUGCAGCAGAUGAACUGAAACGUAUGAUAGAUAAUGGACUAUUAAACAUCAAUGAUUUAGAUGGAAAUACUUUAGUCGUAGUACCAUUGGAUCCUCCUACGAUGUCAACACCAGCUAGUGAAAUGGAGCAUACAACAUUGAUUUUAGGAGUUAUAAUUGGAGCUUUUAUUUUAACUGUUAUUGCAGUGGUUAUUUCAGCAAUUGUCAUAAAAAGAAAGUCCAACGGGAUUUCAAGAUUAAGUCCCAUAGAAGAGGCAAGAAGUAAAAUGCCGUCCUAUCGAGAUAUUCCAUUCCAAGAAGCUUUGUUUAUGAAAAAUACAGUACAUAAUAAGUUGAUGUUGGGAAAAUACAACUAUGAUACAGGUAAAUGGGUUGGACCUGGACCAGAGCCGAAAGCCUUUCGAGCACCAGACUCGGUUGUUUAUCGUCCUCCCACAGAUUCCGAAAUUCGUAGAACACCUCGACCUCCUACAGCAGUAAGAGAGAGACUGAAGAAUGACUGGGAAUUAGACUGGGAUAGCACAGUCUUCAGCAGAUGAGGAAAAAUAAGCUUGGAGUCAAGAAAUGCUGGUCUUCCAUAUUUCAACGUUAAUGUAACAUUUAAUAGUUUAUUUGAAGAAAAAAAAGUGAAGGGAGGAUUGUUUUGUGUCUCAGUAUUUUCCCUAAACAACUAUUCUAUUGUAAUUGUUUUCCAUGGAUGUUCAAAUAAAAUUAAAAACGAUUUAA